AUGGCUACUCUUAAUUCCCUUCUCUUCAGGCUAAGCUCAUACCCAACGCUCCACCAAUUCGAUCAAAUUCAUGCCCAUUACAUUACCUCAGGCCUCCUCCGCUCCACCUUUGUAGCAAAUCAUCUUCUCAAGUCCUCCACUUUUCUCAGUCCCGAUCUCACCGUCGUCCUCUUCUCCCAGCUCGACUAUCCUGAUCUCUUCUCCUACAACAUAGCCAUUAAAUCCCUCUCUCAAACCUCCCACCCUCUCAAGUCCUUCGCUUUGUAUCUAAGCCUGCUCCUCAGGGGCUUCCACCCCAAUGAGUAUACCUUCUGCUUCCUCCUUGACUGCUGCUCUAACAGCCUUGCCCACCUCCAUUGCAGGCAGCUCCAUGGCCACCUCAUCAAGCAUGGACUCAAUCUCACCUUGUUCUCUUCCACAUCACUGCUCCACGCGUAUGGUUGUUGUGGGUCUCUCCACGAUGCGUAUCAACUGUUCGAUGAAAUGCCUAUGAGAAGCAAUGUUUCCUGGGGUGCUAUGAUCAAUAAUUUUGUUGCCCACGGAGAGUUGUUGCGUGGGUUGAAGUUGUUUGCUUUGAUGUUCAGGUCUGGUUUGUCACCAACCAAUGCAACUUUAGUGGGCAUUCUUUGCCUAUGCGCCAAGCAAGGCGAACUGGACAUUGGAAGGGCUAUGCAUGGCUACAUAGUGGCGACUGGCUUGGAGCUGAACAUGAUUCUCGGAACUAGCCUCAUUGAUAUCUACUCUAAUUGUGGGCUGAUUGGAACGGCUAUGGAAGUUUUUGCAUCGAUGCCGGUUAAGAAUGUUGCAUCAUGGAAUUGCUUGAUUUUUGGACUGGCAAAGAAUGGCUAUGGAGUUAAAGCUUUGGAGUUGUUUGAACAGAUGAAACAAGAGCUCAAAGUGAGGCCCAAUGGUGUGACAUUCCUUGGUGUCCUGCAUGCCUGUACCCAUACUGGCCUGGUUGAGAAUGGCGUUCAAUAUUUCAUACAGAUGAGCAGAGAUUAUGGAAUCAUGCCAAGUUUGAAGCAUUAUGGGUGCAUCGUUGAUCUUUAUGGAAAAGCGGGGAAGGUGAAGGAGGCCAUGGAAGUCAUCAGAACAAUGCCCAUGAACCCUGAUAAUGUGAUAUGGGUGGCGUUGUUCAGUGCCUGCAGGACUCACGGAUACAGGGAGUUGGGAGAGCUCAUGUCAGCAAGUUUUAUUAAGUUAGGUGCUGAUGAUUCAUGCGGAUACAUUCUUCUUUCUGAUGCUUAUGCAAUCAGAAAACGAUUUGAUGAUGUUAUUUACGUUAGGAGAAUGAUGCGAGAAAUGGACAUUAAGAAAGUGCCUGGUUUCAGUUCAACUUGUUAA